GCAAAAAAGUAUCUCCAUGUAUAAAAUAAAAGUCUAGUAAGAAAGUAUACCCAGUCAUUCUGAUCAAGUUUAUUAUAUGAGAGAGAAGCAGUUUUAAUCAAGUGUACCAUAAUAACAACAACGUACAAAAUUGCCAUUUUCCUUAAAAACUAUCGUCCUUGAUGACUACAGCUGAUGAUGGGAUGUUAUUUUUUUUACAGUAUUAUCCAGCUUACCCUGGCGGUGAAUAUGAGCACACAGGAGACCCCAGACAGGACCUAGAGUAUGAGCGACAGUACCAGGCACAAACCUACAUAAUCCCAGAUGUCAUCAAGAGCUUUUUUGAAUACUUUCAUAAAAGUGUCCAUGAACAGAACAUUUUUGAGAUACAAAAUGCCUAUGAGAAUGGGUUUAACAAGCUUACAGACAAGUUUUUCAAGACCUCUCCAUGGCCAGAUGCAGAAGUAGUGGCACCAAUUGUUGGGAAUGAUCACAUCUUCCUGAUCUUGUACAAAGAACUCUACUACAGACACAUUUAUGCAAGGGUUCAGAAUGGACCUUCCUUGGAACAAAGAUUUGAAUCCUACUACAACUACUGUAAUUUAUUUAACUACAUCUUGAACGCAGAAGGCCCGGUCCCGUUGGAGUUACCUAACCAGUGGUUGUGGGAUAUCAUUGAUGAGUUCAUCUACCAGUUUCAGUGUUUCAGCAUCUACCGCUGUAAAGUCACUAAAAAAUCAGAGGAAGAAAUCGCCUAUCUCAGAGCGAACCCCAAGAUAUGGAAUGUACACAGUGUGCUGAAUGUUCUGCAUUCAUUGGUUGAGAAGUCGAGCAUCAACAGGCAGCUGGAGGUCUAUACCAGUGGAGGUGAUCCUGACAGCGUGGCAGGGGAGUUUGGACAACACUCUCUGUACAAAAUGUUGGGAUACUUCAGCCUUAUUGGGCUUCUGAGGCUUCAUUCUCUCCUAGGAGACUACUACCAGGCUCUCAAGUGUCUAGAGUGUAUCGACUUUAACAAGAAGAACAUGUACUCUCGAGUACCAGCCUGCCAGAUCACUACGUUCUACUAUGUUGGUUUUGCUUACUUGAUGAUGAGGCGUUACCAGGAUGCCAUUCGUACUUUCUCCAACAUCCUUCUAUACAUCCAGAGGACAAAACAGAUGUUCCAGACAAGGGCUCAGCUCUAUGAUCAGAUCUCCAAGAUGAAUGAUAAGAUGUAUACUCUGUUGGCUAUCUGCCUUGUCCUCCACCCAAUGCGUAUUGAUGAAAGUGUCCACUCACAGCUCAGGGAGAAAUUUGCUGAUAAAACAUUGCGAAUGCAGAAAGGAGACCAGGAUGAGUUCCAACAAAACUUUUCCUUUGCCUGUCCAAAAUUCCUGUCGCCGGUCCCACCCAACUAUGAUGCCAUGGCAGUCAUCAACCAUAAGGAGCCAUUUCAGCUUCAGCUGAAAGUUUUUCUUGAGGAAGUGAGACAACAGAUAGUGUUACCUACCAUACGCAGCUAUCUGAAGCUUUACACCACUCUACCAUUGACAAAGCUAGCAGUUUUCAUGGACAUGUCUGAGGAUGAGCUCCGAACUCACUUGAUGUGCUUUAAGCACAAGAUGAAGAACUUGGUUUGGACAAAGGGAACAAGUGGACUUGAUGGCGAGUUUCAAUCCGCAUCAGAAGUGGACUUCUACAUUGACAAGGACAUGAUCCACAUCGCCGACACAAAAGUAGCUCGUCGUUAUGGAGACUUCUUCAUCAGGCAGAUACACAAGUUUGAGGAGAUCACCAAGAACUUGAAGCUUGUGAAAUAGACUGACAUGUUCAAGUGCUGAAUUAGACUUGCCUCCAUAAGGGAUGCAAAUUUUAAGAAUGACACUGUCUGGAUUGUGUUUUAUAGUAGAUGAUCAUAGGGAUUUUACCAACUCAUCUGAUGAUUCUACAUUUGGAGGAAGUCAACAGCUUUUUGUCAAGAGUUUGCAAAACUAAACACAGGAUCUGUAAAUUAAAAUCUCUAUACCAA